GCCUUCAGUUUGUUUGUAAACAACACGUAACUAACUGCGUCGGUGGUGUUUUCUUCGGGUUGUGCGCUGUCUUCGGUUUUGGUGCUCCAAUUAAUUUCAAAUUUUCAUUUUUGAAACAUGGAAGAGACCAAACCCAAGACAAAUGUUGAGCAUCUGUUUCGGGAAGCUCGAGCGAAGGAUUCAUAUCUGAAAAUAUGCGCUCCCAUGGUGCGAUACAGCAAAUUGGAGUUUCGCAAUUUAGUUCGUUCUUAUGGAACUGAUCUCACCUUCACCAGUAUGAUAAUGGCAGAUUCUUUCUGUCAAAGUGAAAAAGCUAGACUCAAUGAGUUUACGACAAACAGAGAUGACACACCAGUAAUUGCGCAAUUUGCUGCUAAAAACGCCGUGGACUUCCUUUCCGCCACCGAGAUGGCAUUUCCAUAUGUAGAUGGAGUAGAUCUGAACUGUGGAUGCCCCCAACGAUGGGCCAUGCAGGAUGGAUAUGGCAGUGCACUGCUGAGGACACCAGAACUGAUUGCCGACAUGUUGUGCACCGUGCGAAGAAACCUGCCGAGCACGUUCAGUGUUUCUGUCAAGGUACGGUUGUUGCAGAAAUCGUUGAGCGCCACAAUUGAUAUGUGCCGCCAGCUAGAAGCCUGUGGAAUAACGUUUAUAACCGUUCACGGGAGAACUCCUGCACAGAAGACCAACAUUCCGGUGAACCAGGAAGCGCUGAAAGAGAUCAAAAGCAGUUUAGGUAUUCCUGUGGUUGCCAAUGGAGACAUUUUCAGUCUACAAGAUGCCGAUGCAAUGCACUGCAAAACUAACUGUGAUGGAGUGAUGUCCGCACGGGGCAUACUGUCCAACCCAGCCAUGUACGCUGGCUUCGAGCGAACACCCCUGGAGUGCAUCCAGCGGUGGCUCAACAUUACCGCGCAGGCCGACACGGACAUAACGUACCAAGCCAUGCACCACCAUCUGACGUUUAUGGCGGAGUCGUUGCUCACCAAGGAGCAACGAAUAGUGUUCAACAAUCUGACCAAAGACAAGGGCCGGGUGUACGAAUUUUUCCGAGAGCAUUUCCAGCUGGAAUCGCAACCUUGCAGUCACCCCUCGAAGCUGGUGUGCACUUUUGACGACGAAGCGUAUCGAAGAAGAGCGCCGCAACGACGCAAAGCCAACGUGGAAAGCUAUUCGAGCGAAGAGCGAGAUGGAGCCUAUUUCAACAGCAUGGUUGAUGUCCAGGAUGGCGAUGAAAUUGUGGAAGGUGUGGAUUUCAUGGAUGGCAGCUUGUUCGGAAACGAUGAAAUAUAAACCAAAAGCGAAAUAAAUUAUUUGUUCAAAUU